ACGCCGCCAUCGUUAUACCUGUGCACCUACAUGAUAGAUAAAUAAUAGUAUACUGUAUUAUAUUAUUAUAAGAUAUUUUAAGCUUUACGAGUGUGUUAUGGGACUAAUCGACUCGACCGACGGAGAGCAUGUGCACGCGCCAAGCCAACCACCUGUGACAACGAAAUAAUAUUAUGCACAUAUCGCGCAGGCUAUCGACGUCAGUCUUAUUUUCAGACCAAACCUAUACAUUAGUCAAAACGUUACACAAAUUUAUUCAACUACGAAAACCUAAGAUAUAAAGGAGGACGCACACCAUGUAUUUCACCCAUGCAAAAACCGAGAUGAUGGAUUGUCAACCGGAAAUCAACACACAGCGGCAUGUGUACCAGGUGGAUACGCUGUCGGCCAACAACAACGUCCCGGCCGUGGCAGACCGGCGGUCGGUCAUUAAGAAACCGCCCAAGAAAAAAUGGAAAUGUACUGACUAUGUGCGGAAGACCAUACCGUCCAUUGACUGGCUGUUCCUUAACUACCGGUGGUCGCAGGACUUUGCAGAGGAUACGAUGGCCGGCAUCGCGGUGGCCGUGUUGAACAUACCGCAGGGCAUGGCCUACUCGAUCCUCGGCAACGUCGAACCCACCGUCGGGCUGUACAUGGCAGUGUUCCCCGUGCUGGUGUACGCUUUGCUCGGCACGUCCCGUCACAUAUCGCUGGGCGUACUUUCCGUCCUGUGCUUGAUGACCGGCAAAGUGGUGACCACGUACGCGACCGAAGGCGCAGAGAACGACCCCACACUCGGCGGUUACACGGCCAUUCAAGUGGCGACUGCUGUCACUUUGGUGGCAGGGCUCGUGCAGUUGCUCAUGUACGUCUUCCGACUCGGGUUGCUGUGCACCGUGCUGUCGGAGACGCUAGUCAGCGGCUUCACCGCGUCCGUAGCUGUCAUCGUACUCACUUCACAGCUGAAGGAGUUGCUGGGCGUGGACGUGGCUCGGCGGCACGGCAUGAUGCAGGUACCGAACACGUUCUUCGACUUCUUCGACCGUUUCCACACCAUCAACUGGGCGACCACAACGGUGUCCGUCAUCACUGUCACCAUCCUGUUAGUGUACGGCAAGUACCUGAAGGAGAGGAUCAAUAGCAGGUUGUGCAUGCCACUGCCGAUCGAACUGAUCGUCACGGUCAUUGCCACUGCGCUGUUCCAAGUUACCACGAUCGCUCAGGAUUAUAAUAUGGUUCAGAUGGGUGAAAUCAAAUCGGGUCUGCCGCCGUUCGAAGUGCCACCCGUUAAAUUGUUCUCGGCCGUGUUCGUGGAUGCUUGCGUGAUCGCACUGGUCGCGUAUUCCAUCACCAUGUCGCUGGCGCUGCUCGUGUCGGAGAAACUCAAGUACCCGUUAGACACUAACCAAGAACUUCUGGCCCAAGGCCUGGGUAACGUGGUCGGUUCGUUCUUCUCAUGCUUGCCCAGCGGCGCGUCGCCGUCGCGCAGCGCCUCGCAGCAGACGGUCGGUGGCAAGACCCAGAUGGCCAGCAUCGUGUCUGCGGCCAUCAUAGUGGUCGUACUUCUCUGGAUCGGCGUUGUUUUCGAACCGCUUCCCAGAUGCGUGCUAUCCAGCAUCAUCGUGGUGGCUCUCAAGGGGCUCUUGAUGCAGGUGCUGAACUUCCCGGAAAUAUGGCGCAAGUCCAAGACCGACGGCACAGUGUGGAUGGUCACGUACGUAACCGUCAUAAUGUUAGACAUCGACUCGGGGCUGCUGAUCGGCGUGGUCGUAUCGCUGCUCAUCGUGUUCAUCAAGGGUAUCCUGAACGAAGUGCACGUGCUUGGCAGGUUGCCGGACACCGACCUGUACGUGCGGCUGGACCUGUACGCCGUCGCCGUCGAAAUACCCGACGUCAAAAUCGUCCGGUACGCAGGUAGUUUGAACGUCAUCAACAGGUACAUGUUCAAGAGGAAGCUGAUCGAGGUGACGAGAGACUACGAUGAUGCCGCGUCCGCGACCACUUUGACCGUGACCGUGAUCGACGGUAAGAACCCGAUCGGAGUCCAACGUCCUGCUCGGUGCGUGGUCCUCGACAUGGCGGCCCUCCAGUACGCCGACGCGGCCGGCGUGAAAAUGCUGUCCGAAUCGAUCGAAUCGCUCGUGUCCGACGGGUAUGACGUGUAUCUGGCCGCCGUGCCGGACAGCUCGUUGGAGUACAUCCGUUGUAAUAACGACGUGAAAUCGGUGCGAUUCUUCCCGACCGUGCACGACGCUGUCGUCUACCACCAGUGCAGUAACAAAAAAAACCAAGACUCGACAUACGACACACAACCGUCCAAAACUUCGAUUUUACCGUAAACGCACUCGCGCAAAGUGCAGAUAUUUUUUUCCAUUGAAAAAUCAUAAAUAACUGUUUAAAUUUUUUAAACUGUAACAUUGAAACAUUCAACGUCGUCGGUAUAAAGCAAAAAAUAUUUUUUUGUAAUUUUAUGCUGAAAACAACGGUGCAAGUUUUUUACUUUUUUUUCUGGUGCCAUGUAUUCGUAACUACCUACUAAUUUUUUUAUACAUAAAUAUCUACUAGUUAGGAUAAAUAUACACGUAUUAUUUUACUGUAGUAUACAAUUAUUUUUUUACUUUAUAAUAUUAGAAAAUUAUUUUGUAAUUAAUAUAAAGAAUUGAUGUUAAUUAUUGCUUUAGUUUAAGAUAUAAUGUAUAUUGUUAUUUUUUUUAAAUAUACUGUUUUGUAACUUAUAUGCUAUAA